GCCAAAAAUGAAUUAAUAAAAAAAGAAGAGAGAGAAAUAGGCUACAGCGAAGGAGAGAGGAAACCGGUGGGUGGAGGGAUGCCACUGCGAGACAACAAAGGAUGCACGCCUGUCACCUCGUGCAAUUUCCUCCCCCAUGUAGGAAAAUGAGAAACUCAAAUAUAAAUCGGCUUGAAGUUAGUUGUUAAUAGGAUUUAACAUCGCCUCCCCACAGACACCCUCGCUGCUUUUCCGCCUGCAGAGGAACAGACAACAUUUUCCCGGAGAGCUCCUGCUGAUUUAACGCAGCGAGAGGAGCCGCUGGGUCCCCGGGACACUGAUGGACAAGCCGGGCUGGACAUGUCGGCAUGAGAGGAGGCUGCUGGACCCCUCUGACUUUAAUGUUGAUGCCUGGCGGCUCGUGGCUCUCAGCCUCCAUUGCAUCCCGAAAGAAAACGCCUCUAUCCAUGAAAAAUAAUCCCUCCCUAUUGGCUGGAUUGCGGUGCACAUGCUAUAACAACAGGAUAUGCAAAGAGCUAUGGGCUGAGCUAAUAGCCUAUCAUGUCUCCCGCAUGCUUUUUUGACCGAGAUCUGUGUUUUAUUUAAUAGGAUGUGAACUGUCUACUUGAAUCAAAUUGUUCAGAUGCCAUAGUAAUAAUAAUAAUAAUAAUAAUAAUAAUAAUAAUAAUAAUAAUAAUAGUUUGUGAUGGAGCUGCCACAGUGAAGCUGAGGGCUGUUUUGUUUCACAGAGCAGUUGAGUCUGUGUUGUACAGCUGCUGAAGGAUGUUUAAGUAUCGGAUCCGGAUGUUUUUCAGUGAAUUCAAAGUGUUGCUACUGAUGCGCUCUGGAUCAAGCAGGAGGACUGAGACAGGCACAGACCCGGACACUCAGACCGGGAUGCGAGGGUUCGCCAUAGGGGGCUGUGGCUGGCCGCCGCUGACCUGCUCUCACCAGGACGAUGAGGAGGAAUAUUACGGCUCCGACCCGCGGCCACGCAGCCUGGCCUUUGAGGAGCACGAACACGGAGCCAAACCCAAGGGAGGAGGCCUGGACGCCGCUUCCCUGCCGAGUCUCUCAGAGAGCGGGAUGCGAUCGCCGCAGUGCCGGAUCUGCUUCCAGGGGCCGGAGAAGGGGGAGUUGUUGAGCCCUUGUCGCUGUGAUGGCUCCGUGCGCUGCACCCACCAGUCCUGCCUUAUCCGCUGGAUCAGUGAGAGAGGCUCCUGGAGCUGCGAGCUCUGCUACUUCAAGUACCAGGUCCUGGCCAUCAGCACCAAAAACCCACUGCAGUGGCAGGCCAUCUCUCUGACUGUGAUUGAGAGGGUGCAGAUUGCAGCCAUUAUCCUGGGCUCUUUGUUCCUCAUCGCCAGCAUCUCCUGGUUGGUGUGGUCCUCUCUCAGCCCUUCAGCCAAGUGGCAGCGGCAGGACCUUCUCUUCCAGAUAUGCUACGGCAUGUACGGCUUCAUGGACAUAGUUUGUAUAGGCCUUAUAAUCCAUGAAGGAUCGUCUGUUUACCGGAUCUUUAAGCGCUGGCAGGCCGUGAACCAACAGUGGAAAGUACUGAAUUAUGAGAAAGCGAAGGACUUAGGUGACCCCGUUGGUUCAAGCAGUAAAGGUCGUGUUGAGAGGAACUCUGCUCACACUGUCACAGACAGCGGGCGGAGGGCAAGCCGACACGUCAGGACUAUUCUCCACCACCACUGUGGCUAUACUAUUUUGCACAUCCUCAGCCAGUUAAGACCCAACAACCUGCACCGUGCCAACCAAGAGGUGGUCAUGAGGGUGACCACCGUAUGAGGCUGGGCUACACAGACAAAGUGCUCCCACGCUCAAGGAGGAGAGCCAGUGUUGAUUGGGAUUUAAUGAAAAAACAAAUCCUACUCUGCCGCAUUAACACUGCCGUUAACUUCUAGUCUCAUAUUUUGCUGGCAGAUUCUCCCUGAGCUCAACGUGGACAAUGAGAAGUAUUUCUCAGGUUUGGGCAAAGGGAGAACACUGCAGUUUUAUCUGAGUCUUUAAAGAGAAAGACUGUGAAAACAUGACAAGCUAUUCAACUUUCUUUUUCUUUUUU